GUUGCAAUCUUGGAUUGGAUUGGAUUCCCAUUGCCUCGCUCGUGCCCUCUGCUACCUCGACGACCACCCAUGCAACUCACGCAAAGAUGACCGAAGAGCACCAACAUCGCUCACCGGAGCGCUCCGAGUACGAUCUCCCUUCCUUCACCUCUCACUCCCACUCCCACUCACGAACGCAGGACAGUCCUUCGUCGACAUCCACCGCCAGCCUCAGCGCCAGUGUCAGUCGAGACCCUUCGCAUCCUCCUCCCUCCUCGAGCUCUGCACCCGCAGCAGCAAAGAAACCGCGAACGACGACUGUGUGGAACCAUUACUCUGAACGUGUCCCGAUAAGCGAGACGCAUUGGGAGGUGAAAUGUCUCAACUGCGGCACAUCCUAUCGGAUCAAGAGGGAUGGUAGUACGGGAACUAGCACGUUGCAUAAACACCAGAAGCUAUGCGCGAGUAGAAGUGCGGCGGCUGCUGCGGCUGCUGCUGUGGGUGCUGGUGGUGUGGGUGGGGGGUUGAGAUUACCUGGCGUUACGGCGGGGGGAAGUGGGAGUCCAGGACCAUCCUCCUCGCGACAUCAUCAUCAUCAUCAGCAGCACCAGCACGAUUAUGCGACCGGCCUGGCGGGAGGAGGGCACGUCCUCCCCAACAGUAUUCCGGCCCAAGCCCUACAGGACUUUUUGAGAGCGGCGCAACAGCAGAACCAGAGCCAAGCACACGCUCAGGCUCAGGCGGCGCAUCAGGCCCAAUCCCACUCCUCGCAUGCGCACGCUGACCACGCUCAACCGUCCACGUCGAGCUCGGCGGGCACAAACGGCAUACACGCUCUCGGCGUUGCGGGGGAGUUCGAUGUGGCCGCUGCGGCCGAGGCGGCUAGUCUGGCGUAUGGCGGAGCGACGGGUGCAGGGGAGAGCAAUGCGAAUGGGAACGGCAAUGGCGCGGCGGCGGCCAGUCCAGGUGGUGGUGGGGAAAAUGCGGGCACGGUAGACCUGUUGAUCCUCAACCCCAACUCGAGCGACUCCAUCACUCUUGGCCUGCGUCACCACCUCGAACCCCUCCGACCCCCCUCCGUCCGCCUAACCUACACCACAGGUCCCCCCUCCUCCCCCGCCAGCAUCUCCGACCCGCCCACCUCAAUCCUCUCCGCCCAAACAAGCUUCGAUGCCCUCCUCUCCACUCCCUCCCUACUCGAAACAAAAUCCGGAGUUCUAGUCUGCUGUUUCUCCUCCCACCCUUUAGUAGGGAUGAUCCGCCACCAAUGGCCAGAGCUAAACUGCAUGCACAUCCUAGAUGCGGCUGUAGGCCAUGCAUUGGCCUGUGGAGCAAGCUCCUUCGGUAUCCUCACGACAGGGCGAGCCAUGCUACCGGAUAUAGAUGCGGGCGUCCUCUCCUACCUGGGCGGCGUCUCUUCGCGAUACAAGGGGUCAAUCGCUACCGAGCUUGGAGUGUUGGAGCUGGGCGACCCUUCUCUACGCGGGCACGUCGAGAAACGGAUCAAGAGCGAGGCAGCCCGGCUGGUGGUGGAGAGGGGGGCGGAGGCCAUUAUUUUGGGGUGUGCCGGCAUGGCAGGGAUGGAGGGAUUAGUUUUGCAGGGUGUGGCAGAGGCGGGUGGGGAUGACAGGAGGGUUUGGGUUAUCGAUGGGGCGAAAGCGGGGGUGCUGUUAUUGGAGGGAUUGGGGAGGGGAAGAUAUAGGGGGGAGUGA